CGCACGUCAGCACGCCGGGCGCUGCGGACCGUCGCCACAGCCUACGCUGAGCGGUUGGCAACAGCCAGCAGCAUGUUUGCCCUCCGGCGCGGGCUGCAGCAGUGUGCCCGGAGCCUGCUUCCCAUGGAGGCCCUCGCCUGCGGCAGCCUGCAGCAGUCUGCCGCGGUGACCAGCGGGCCGGCUGGAGCCGUGUACAACGUGGGCAAGGCCACCAACAUCAAGUUCCAUGAUGGCAUGGUGCCGCGGGAGACCAAGGAGGAACUGCUGGGGCAGAAGGGCGUGGUGCUCUGGUUCACUGGCCUGAGCGGCAGCGGCAAGAGCACGGUGGCGUGCACCCUGGAGCACGCGCUGGCCGCGCGUGGCAGGAUGACGGUGCUGCUUGAUGGCGACAACGUCCGCCACGGGCUGAACAAGAACCUGGGCUUCAGUGCUCAGGACCGGGAGGAGAACAUCCGGCGCAUCGGUGAGGUGUCCAAGCUGUUUGCGGAGAGCGGUGUCAUCACCCUGACCUCCUUCAUCUCACCCUACCGCAAAGACAGGGAAAGCGUGCGUGCUCGCAUGGCAAAUGGUGACUUUGUGGAGUGCUACAUGCGCAUUCCCAUCGAGAUGUGUGAGCAGCGUGACCCGAAGGGCCUUUACAAGGCGGCGCGGGCCGGCAAGAUCAAGGGGUUCACUGGCAUCGACGACCCCUAUGAGGAGCCGCUGACGGCAGAGCUGGUGAUCGAUGCCAAGGACGAAUCGGGCAACAUGCAGAGUGCAGAGGACAUGGCGGCCACAAUCAUAGCGUACCUGGAGCAGCGCGGCUACCUGUCGGCCCCAGCGGCACCCUCUGACUCAGAGGCUGCCACCGCCUGAGACAAUUGAUGUUAGCCCAGAGUGGGCGUUUUGACCAACUGACCGUGAUCCGCCUAUCUUUUUCCAUCCUCUGUUUCUUUGUUGGUGGUGCUAUGAGAUGGAUGCGUAGUCUGAUGCCUACCACUUUACACCCAUGUAAGUGUAACACAUGCCGCGCACAAA